UUGUUUUGAUGGAUAAGUUCGAAGACUUUUUACUUAUUUUUUUUAUCAAUUUCUACGAUUUUCGUGAUAUUCUACCCAGGCUAUACAGUGAUAUCCACAUUACAGCAUUGGCAUGCAUUAGGUUUUAAUAACUCAAACUCUCAUACUCAAUAAAAUGAUUACGCUCAAUAGAAGGUUGAAGAAAGAUCACCCCGAGCCUACAAAUGGCAUUAGCAGUGACCCUGUGAGAAGAAUAUCAGUAAGAGACAAACUGCUCGUGAAAGAAGUCCAAGAGAUGAAUGAGAACCUCCCUGCUUCAUGUAGUGUGCAUUUUCAGGAUCCCAAUGUGCUUAGUGAGUUUGUUUUGACGGUGGCACCUGAUGAAGGUUAUUGGGUAGGAGGAAAGUUCAAAUUUAGUGUAUUCGUGACUGAGGAUUAUAAUAUGGCCCCUCCAAAAGUAAAGUGUUUGACAAGGCUUUGGCACCCUAACAUCAACACCGACGGAGAUAUCUGUUUGUCACUGCUGCGACAAACUUCAAUAGACGAGCACGGUUGGGCGCCCACAAGGAGAUUGAAGGAUGUUGUUUGGGGUUUAAAUUCUUUAUUUACGGACCUUCUAAACUUUGAGGAUCCCCUUAACAUUGAAGCAGCGGAGAUGUAUAAUAAAAACAAGACAGAAUUCCAAGCAAAGGUACAGGAAUACAUUGCUAAGGGUAAGAGAUGAAACCGCCAACGCGGUGACCCAACAUUCAAAAUACUAAGUCAUAGUAGGUAAUCAAAAUAGAGGAAUGAAUUUUUUAUGUGUUUGAUCUCUAUAUUUUGUGUGAUGGGACGUAAGGAUAUACAUGCAAACUUAAAGUUGUACCAGUCAGGCGUGCAAUUUCAAGUUUGCAUUUAAUAAGAAAUGCUUGUCACUCUAGCCUAAAAAAAUUAUUGAAACAAAUCAGUGUGGCCCAAAAAUGACAUGAGAGAAAACACCAUAUCAGUGAUUAGCGUUAAAUUGUUUUGGACUUAAAUUCAUACAUACAUACAUACAUAUGGUCACGUCUAUAUCCCUUGCGGGGUAGACAGAGCCAACAGUCUUGAAAAGACUGAAUGGCCACGUUCAGCUAUUUGGCUUAAUGAUAGAAUUGAGAUUCAAAUAGUGACAGGUUGCUAGCCUAUCGCGUGAAAAAGAAUCCCAAGUUUGCAAGCCUAUCCCUUAGUCGCCUUUUACAACAUCCAUGGGAACGAGAUGGAGUGGUCCUAUUCUUUUUUGUAUUGGUGCCGGCAACCACACGACUUAAAUUCAUUCCUCUAUUUUGUGGGUCAUUUAAAAUUUAUUGUCAUUUUUAAAAUUGUCUGUAUAAAGUCUGCCCUUGUCCAUGAAAGUAGUAUUGGUUAUAAGUACAGUACUUCUUCUAUGGCGGUACCAUAAUCUAUCAGUUCAUUCAUUUAAAUGAUGAUAUCAACCAAAUGUUAUCAUACACCAUUAAACAUGAAAGCCUAAUCAACCACAAGCAUGGAAGAAAAUAUAAUGAUAAUGAAAUACCACAAUAACUUUAUUCUCUAGAAGAUAAACUUUAUUAGAAAUUAUAAGACUCUUUUAACAAAACAGCAUAACCUGCUAUAUAGGUGCACUGGACACAUGAACACUUAAUCCAUACUAAUGUUAUUAAAUGUGAAAGUGUGUGUGUCUGUUUGUCUGCCUUUCAUGUCAAAAACACUGAGCCGUCAAUCUCCAUGAAACUACAUAGUGUGAAGUAUGGACAAAAACACUUAUAAUGCGGGCAUAGCCCCAGGCGGAAACUGGUUGAUUCGUACAUCGAAACAGUUACAGAAGCAACUGAUGGCUUUUAUGGGCAAAGUAAACAACUGUGCUUCCUUUAUUAUUUAUAAAAUUUCCUUUUUUAUGACAUUCUUGAUAAAUAAUAUAUGAGAAUUUCCUUUAAAAAAAUUUUAACUUCCUAACUUAGCCUACAGUACACGGAUUAUAAGUUGAACCAAACUGGUGUCGACUUACGUGUCGCGCACUGUGCUUUGCCUCUCAUCUAUAUAUACAUAGUUCUUUUUUUAAUAAUGUUAGCUAUCGAGUAUGUGAUAUACUUAGGUACUACUUAAUUUAGAAUAAUUUAACGAGAACACAGCAGGGUGACAAAACAUAUACACUCGUAAUGUUUAGCUUUGAAUGAACAUGCUAUGCUUACAUCACUUGUAGCAUGAUAAAGUUAUGCUAGGCUUCAGAAUAAGAUAAAACUAUGGAAUUGUUAAGUUUCUUGGCCUUAGUUACUGGUCUUAUUCUUAAUUAAUUAAAUGGCACAAUAAAAAUUGGAACAUAUUACAAAUUAUUGUUUCCUAUUGAAUUUAAACCUUUUAGAUGACGAUUUGACCAGCUACUAAAUUGAUUUUGUAAUUACCAUUUUCUUAAUGUCAUUAUUGAUUUAACUUAUGGAGGUUUUAAGAAUUACUCCUGCUAUACCUCUUUUUUGUAUUUAAUAUUUUUAUUAAUUUUAAAGGUUUCGAAAUGAACUUUGUAUGUCUAAUAUUGAAGCCAAGUUAAAAGUAUAUUUAACACUCGCACACCAUAAUAAUGGAUUUGAAAGCUUGUUUGCCUUAACAUACAUACAUACUGUAUGACGUAUAUAGAACAAUAUAGAAGCUAGAAAUGUAUUUUAACAUAAUUUUAUUCGGCUUUGUAAAUUUGAGUAAUAAGAGCCCUCUGCUGAAAAGGCAGAUACAUAUUUUUACCAAUCUUUCUUACAAUAGAGAAUAGAAUUUUUAUAUAUUGUUACUGAUAUUUAAUUAAGACCAUACUAAAGUUAAUAAUGCAAUGUUCUGUAGAUAUAUUGUAAUGAAUACUCCAAAAUCGUGAUAAUAUCUUUUAUUUGUGGUAAUAGCCUUUUUGUAGAUAUUUCUCAUCUCUAAUGUGUCAAAGUUUUGAGUGUGUGAUUGCUGCUGGGUAAGUGUCGGUUUGAAAUGUACUAUAUAUUGUUAUCCUAUGAAUUUAUGAAUAUAAUCAAAUUAUUGAAAUGUAGUAAAUAAUUUGACAUAUUUUGAUUAAAACGUAGAUAAACUAAUUUGACAUAUGUACAUAUUUUGAUUAACACGAUUUCUAAUAUAAUCUAAAUUGUUGACAUUCUUUUUUAAAAACAUGAGUACUACCACACCCGACACUAGACCCUUUUAUUUUAAGAUAAUAUUAUGAAUUUCUUCGAUCUGGAUUCUGGUGAUAAUGUCAAUAAGACAUUUAAUAGCUACCUACAGGGAAAACAUGGGCGUAGCUAUAAUCAAGGUUAAUAGCCAAUGAAGAAAUUUUGGAAUAAACUUGAAAAUCUUCUUACCUGAUGGGCUAGCAAACUGUCACUUUCAGAAUAAAUGUAACCUAAAAAUUCGAUCCAAAUAAAGGUGAACAUCUCAGCUGAACGUGAGAGACAGUAUGUUGGCCUUACGUAUGGAGUAAAGACGUGAUUAAUGAAUGUUUUGUACACGCUGCUUACAAAAAUGCAGUAUGGACGUACCGCGAUGCGGCGCUACCUCAAUGAUGCAUUUUUGUAAGUAAAUCGUUUCUGUUUGUAAUAAAAUAUAGGUAAUAUUUAUUUAUAUCCUCCUGUACACCACACGAUGAGCACGCGCAUCAAACGUGACUGUGAGAUUGCUGCAAUAAAGAAUUUUAAAACUGUUCUGUAAUAU